AUUAUUGCUGUGCUUGCCAAACUGCAUACUUAGGUUUAUUUUUGUGAAGUGUGGUGAGAGUUUAGGUGUCAUUAUUUUAUUAUCAAUUGUCUUCUAUGAUGUUGUCACAAUAGAGUUGUAAUAUGCGUGUUUGUUUGAGUCUCUCUGGUUAAGUGACAAUGCCCGAGAAGCCAGUGUUUGGAGGAUAUAUUGGUACGGGUGUUGUUGGCCCGAGACGAAGUAGAGAACCGGUGUUGUGCCGAAACUCUCCCCCUGUCAGAAUUCUACCCCCUUUCGCGUGAACGCGCACACACUCAAUUGUUCAUUACUGCGACUUGCUUGAUGGACUCUGUUGUCAGUUUAGCCUACAUUUCACUGAUCUUCGUAGUAGAAGGCAUUUUUUAUUUGUGUCCUUCAAGGCAGCUGUCAAUGAUCCCGUUAGGCUACGUUUCAUUUUUCUUAUUUUUUUUAUGGCGAUUUGAUCGCGGGGCAGGCACUAGUAAUGUCUCCAGUUUUCGAUUUGGCCAUUUGUUUAAAGUGUAUUAGUCUAUAAAUAAAUCUCUUUGCCAAAAUUCGUCAUCUCUCCCAUGUCUUAUUCGACAAGUAGUUGUAAAAUGUUUAUUGCUUGCCUACAUUUUAUUCCCUCUAUGUUUAAUGUAACACACAUACGUUCAUUAUUAAUUUAGGUUGCCUAUCCUGGCGUGAAGUUUGUUCUAUAUAAAGUAUUUGACUGAUGUGUGCCUCAGAAAUUAUUUGAUUAUAGUGACAAAAUUAAGGAAAUUAGAAGGGUGGGUUGGCAGGCAAGACAAUGGCUUUGCCAAAAUCCCCCUUGUCAGCUCGGGGGAUUCAAUCUUGCAACCUUACGGUUAACUAGUCCAACGCUCUAACCACCUGCCUCACGAGGAGCCUGCCUGUUACGCGAAUGCAGUAAGAAGCCAAGGCUCAGCUAUGACCCCCAAGCCCUUCAGCCCAGAAGAGAUCCAGAAGAUCCUGGGAUCUCUCCAGAGGCCUGCCGUCUUCCUCAACAUUACCGGUGAUUGGCCAGUGCUCCUCUGGACUGUAGACCACCUGUCACGAUGCCUUGGAGGGAAGGCUGUCCGGUUCAGAAUGGGAAGGAGACAGCAUGAAAAGACACCUCUUUUUGAGACUCAAUGCUCAUAUGUGGAGGCCAAACUGGAGGAGUUUCAGUCCUGGACAGAGGGUCAGACUCGUGCAGAAGAUGUGGGGUGUUUCUCGAACUACCCCCUCUCUCUGUACUGGGCCUAUGCAGACUACAAAUACAUUGCACUGCUGCUUCAAGAAAAGCCCUCCAUGUUUGAGGAUGUAGUGUGGUCUCAGUUUGGGUUCCCGGGUCGUAAUGGGAGAGACAGCACACUGUGGAUUGGUACCGAAGGUGCCAAUACCCCGUGCCACCUGGACUCCUAUGGGUAUAACCUGGUACUACAGGUACAAGGAAGGAAGCGUUGGCACCUGUUCCCCCCUGCAGACACGAGUUGUCUGUACCCCAGCAGGAUCCCCUAUGAGGAGUCUAGUGUGUUCAGCCAGGUGGACGUGCUCCAACCAGACCUUCAGAGGUUCCCUGCUUUCAGACACGCCAGGGCCUACACAGUCACCCUGCAGCCUGGACAGGUGCUGUUUGUCCCCAGACACUGGUGGCACUAUGUGGAGUCUGUUGACCCCAUCACCGUCAGUGUCAACUCCUGGAUUGAGUUGGAAGUUGACGAUGAGGCGAGAGUAGGCGAGGCCCUCACCAAAGCCAUCGUCUGUGCUCUGAAGACGACACCUAGUAACGACAAUGAUGAUGACUGGCUCAAUCCCACUGAGGAGGGGUUGGUGGGACAUGACGAGAACAUGCAGUACCUGAACCUGGCUGUGGGGGCCUGUAUGGAGAAGAGAGGGAUAACAAGUCACCGUGACCAACAGACCCAGGACACCCCAGCAUGUCCAAGGGCAAAACGUGACUCCAGGGGCCAAGCUAAGAACACCAACUCUUCAUCACCACCAGCAGAGUGCCUUUCCUCCUCUUCCACACCAUCCACCAUGCCCUUCGGACCUCACCUCAUCCCCGUGGCCUGGAACCAGAUCACCAACCAGGAAACUCCAGAGCAGAACCCCAAAAACCAAGACAGACCGUCACCAUCCAAAGACUGUGACAUAAUCAGGUCUAGCAGCAUAACCCAAAACACCCCUCCCAGACCUGUCAGUGGAAGUAGAGCCCAGCACCAGCAUGGAGGGGAAGGCAUGUCCAGCUCCGGUUCAACCUCAGACCCCCUAGUGAUACCACGGCCAGGGUGCAGAGAUGGAGGAAGGCCACCACCUGGGGACAGAGACCAGGGCAAGGGUAACAGAGCACACUGCCCCAUCUCCAUCACCACCAAUGACCUACUGCAGUGCCUGGUUCACCCUGAUGUCAUUGCUAGAGUCUCUGAGCUACUGAUGGAGAGGGUCCAGUCAUGGACAGCCACAACACCAUAGCUUCAUAAUCUACAUUCCAACGUUCAUACUAGUAUGCUACUGAGAUUGAAUGCCAAAAUACAUUGCUUCAUUCUAAGUGCUAAGCUAGUAUGGAUAUUGAAACAGAGCCUAACAAGUAGAUUGUACAUAACUUCCCUCAAUUGUUAAAAAUGGGGAAAGGAGUCAUCAUCAGUAAGUCUAUAGAGUUUAACUGGGUUCAAUUGACUUUAACAGCUGAGGUAGUCAAGGUGGAGUAUAUCAUGGUAUUAAUACCUCUGACACUGGCUUUUAUUUCCCCUAAUGCUGCUGGGAGUCCCUGGCUACGUCCCAAAUGGCACCUUGUUCCCUAUAUAGUGCACUACUAUUGACCAGAACGGCUUGAUGAUUAGGCGAGAGUAGAACGGUCCUGGUCAAAAGUUGUGCACUAUAUAGGGAAUAGGGUGCCAUUUGGGACGCAAGCCUCUGUGGAGUUAACAGUGACUCAGAAACCACUGCUCUGCAGUGCCCACAUGGGAAAUCCUGCCUGGCUGAUAGUUAUUACAAAGUGUCAGAGAGGACAGAAAGACGUUUCACUUUUCUAUAUUUUCUUACCCUUCUGCUCCUUCUUUUUCUACCCCAUCUACACUGAGUAUACAACACAUUAUGAACACCUGCUCUUUCCAUGACAUAGACUGACCAGGUGAAUCCAGGUGAAAGCUAUGAUCCCUUAUUGAUGUCACCUGUUCAAUCCACUUGACACAAACCUGUUCUUGACACUCAGUGUAUAUGGUUUACUGUAGUAUGUUAUAGUCUUGGCGACUCCAUGAGGUCAAAUCCAAGUCAAGAGCAUUUCUUCCAUUCUUACCAUGUUUGUAGUCCUCCUUUUUAGUGUUUUUUGGUAUUUUAUUGGGAUCCCCUUUUAGCUGCUGCCAACCUGGAGCUUCCAGCGGCUACUCUUCCUCUUUAGACCAGGGCUCUGCCUUCCAUUCCACAGCUGGUACAGUCUGUUUGCGUCCAAGGGCUCUGGUCUGAAGUGGAAGGACUAUAUAGGGAAUAGGGUGGCAGUUGGGGUGAAGAUGUUAGAAAGGCAGCCUGUUAUGGUAUUGUGAUUAAUGAAUGCUGUCUAAGGAGUGAUGAUGUGUUAUGUCCCAGUUACCAGGAAGUGAUGUGUUAUUUUUCUGUCUCUCUAUAGUCCUGGGUCUGUGACAAGGGAAGGAAACCAAAGCUCUGAAUGAAUAAAGACUAGAAACAUGUAAGUGCCACCGACAAUGAGGUAGUCCUGCAAAAACGUAAGAGUAGCAAGAUUUCAGAAACAGAAUUAUAUCAUAUUCAGAGAAAUUUACACAUUUUAUUUACGUACCACAAGAGUAAAAUUAGAGUAAAAUGGUUCCCAGGAGUGGAAUGUUUUAUGAAGGUCUAUCUAUCAAAUGAUUAGGACACACUAGACAUUUUUCCUUGACUCAUAGUUUGUCAUUUGAAUGAGGCUCUUUUAGUCAAGUAUUACUGGAGUUAAGUCUACUCCAGUAUUUGUCUCAGGUAGCCAGUCUAAAGAGCAGGGAUGGAAAUGAAUCUAGGCCACUCGUGAAAAUGGUUCUACUAGUAAAAAUUGCUCUACUAGUAACCAAAAUCCUUAAGUUUCAUGCCUGCUAAAGAAGAACCCUUUUCACAAUGUUCUGUAAUUCUAUUGUUUAUCAACUACAAGAGUCUGUUGUUUUCAUCUUUGAACAUCAUUGUAAACAGGGGACUUCAGAUCAUUCUGCUAUGUUCAGUAACAUUUUAGAAAUUCACAAAAAUAAAAUACAGCGUUUGAACAAUG